AUGGUGUGUCAUAUCUUAUCUCUCAUCUCAGUUAUAGAAACUUGAAUAUCAAGACGUUGCCAGCUCUCUGAAUCCUGACAGGCUGGUACACUGAAAAAGAAGGGGGGUGGGGGGGGAUAUGUCCAAUGCUAUAGAGUGUUAAGAGGGAAGGCUGCAGAGAAGUGUGGGCUGGGUUAAACUGCCACUUAAAAAGAAGCUCGCUUUGGCAAUUGUGCACUUAACCAGCCAGGCUGGUAGGCUAAGAAGGGAACAGAGAAGGAGUGGUUGAGACAACAGCUCCAGGGGGAAGGUGUACUCUCACUUCAUUGGAGCAAGCGUAUUUAUAGCUUCCAACUCUUUCCAGUUUUUCUCUUCCACUCUUUGGUGGAGGAUAGCCAUGGGCACCGGUGUGGACAGGUUUCUGUGGACAGUGCUGCUGCUCCUGCCAGUCCUGGGACUCUCUGAGGCUCUACGUGAAAGCUGGCUGCCAGGAGACUAUGCAGACACCACAGAUGAUGCAUUGAGGUUCCUCAGCGACUACAACAGCACUGCUGAGGAGGUGUUAUUUUUCAGUGUCUCUGCCAGCUGGAACUACAACACCAACAUAACGGACUACAACUCCAAUCUUCAGGUAACUGCAUCCCUUGAAGAGCAAGCUUUCUCAUCAGCAUGGGGGUUAAAAGCCAAGCAAGUCUUCUCUCCUGCAGUUCUCAACGCUCUCUCCGACCCUAAAGACAAGAAACUGAUGGGCAAGAUCAAGAUACUGGGAGCUGCCAACCUGCCUCUGGACAAAAGAGAGAAGUAUAAUGAAAUUCUCAGCGAAAUGGACAAGAUUUAUUCUACAGCCAAGGUGCAUCCAGAGCCAAACAUAAGCUGGAGCCUGGAACCUGAGCUCACAGACAUCAUGGCCACAUCCAGGAGCUACAAGAGGCUGCUGUACGUCUGGGAGGGGUGGCACAAUGCAUCAGGUGUUCCUCUUAAGAAGCUCUACCCCGAAUUUGUGACACUCAGCAAUGCAGCCUCCCAAGCUGAUGGAUUUGCGGACACUGGAGCUGAAUGGCGCUCUUGGUAUGAGACUGAGACCUUUGAGCAAGAUCUUGAGCAACUCUACAGGACCAUUGAACCCCUCUACCAGAACCUGCAUGCCUUUGUGCGCCGCCAGCUCUACAACCAGUAUGGUUCCAAAUACAUCAACCUUAAAGGACCCAUCCCUGCUCACCUGCUUGGAAAUAUGUGGGCCCAGACAUGGAACAAUAUUUAUAAUAUGAUGAUCCCAUUUCCUGACAAACCCAACAUGGAUGUGACUGAUGAAAUGAUCAAGCAAGGCUAUAAUGCCACGCUCAUGUUUCGUGUGGCCGAGGAGUUUUUCACCUCUCUGGGUUUGGACGAGAUGCCGGAUGAGUUCUGGGAAGGAUCCAUGCUGGUGAAGCCAGAGGGUCGAGAGGUGGUGUGCCAUGCAUCUGCUUGGGAUUUUUACAACCGUAAAGACUUCAGGAUCAAACAGUGCACUACUGUGACGAUGGAGCAGCUCUUCACUGUACACCAUGAGAUGGGACACGUCCAGUAUUACCUGCAAUACAAGGACCUGCCUGUGGGCUUCCGUCGUGGAGCCAACCCUGGUUUUCAUGAGGCUAUUGGUGAUGUUUUGUCUCUCUCCGUUUCCACACCUAAACAUCUGCAAACCAUUCGUCUGCUGGAAACCGUGACCUCUGACAAUGAAACUGACAUCAACUACCUGUUAAAGAUGGCUCUGGAAAAGAUAGCCUUCCUUCCCUUUGGCUACCUCAUUGACCAGUGGAGAUGGGGGGUGUUCAGUGGAAAAAUCCCUGAAAAUCGGUACAACUCAGAAUGGUGGUACCUCAGGACAAAAUAUCAAGGUAUCUGCCCACCCUCCAGACGUACAGAAGACCACUUUGAUCCAGGGGCAAAAUACCACAUCCCUGGAAACACACCAUACAUCAGGUAUUUUGUCAGCUUCAUCCUGCAGUUCCAGCUUCAUGAAAAACUGUGCCAGGCAGCUAAUCACACCGGUCCCUUGCACAAAUGUGACAUCUACCGUUCCGCAGAAGCAGGGGCCAUUUUGAAAAAAAUUCUUCAAGCUGGCUCUUCCAAACCUUGGCCAGAGGUACUCCAGGAGGCUAUAGGCACCAACAAGUUGGAUGCCAACUCACUGAUGAAAUACUUUGAGCCCAUUACUGAAUGGCUGAAAAACCAAAAUGAAAAACUGAAUGAGACUUUGGGAUGGCCUGACUUCAACUGGGUUCCACCCAUCCCUGAGGGUUAUCCUGGGGACAUUGACAAGAAUACAGAUGAGCUUGAUGCACAGAAAUUUCUGGAUGAGUACAACAGCACAGCAGAGGUGGUGUGGAAUGCCUACACUGAGGCCUCCUGGAAGUACAACACUGACAUCAACGAAGAUAAUAAGCAGGCGAUGCUUGAGAAGAACCUGGCGAUGUCAGCCCACACCCUGAAGUAUGGACAGAGGGCCCGUGAGUACGACACCACUGACUUCCAGGAUGACUCGGUCAAACGCAUCAUCAAAAAACUCAGUGACAUUGAGAGGGCUGCUCUGCCCCCAGCAGAACUGGAAGAGUACAACAAUCUCCUGUCCAACAUGGAGACCAAGUACAGUGUAGCUGAUGUCUGCAGAAAAAAUGGGACAUGCCAUCCACUGGAUCCAGAUCUCCAGAAGAUCAUGGCAGAGUCCAGGGAUUAUGAUGAAUUGUUAUUUGCCUGGAAAGGUUGGAGAGAUUCUGCUGGCAAAGUACUACGUCAGGAUUACAAGAGAUAUGUUGAACUGGCCAACAAAGCUGCAAGACUAAAUGAUCACUCUGACAAUGGGGCUUUCUGGCGCUCCCUAUAUGAAACCCCUACCUUUGAGGAUGACCUGGAGACUCUGUGGAAAGAGCUGGAGCCACUCUAUUUGAAUGUUCACGCCUAUGUUCGCAGGGCUCUGUACAAAAAGUAUGGCCCUGACCGCAUCAACCUGAAGGGACCCAUUCCUGCUCAUUUGCUGGGCAACAUGUGGGCACAGACUUGGUCUGGCAUAAUGGAUUUAGUCAUGCCCUACCCAGAUGCCACGCAGGUUGACGCUACUCCAGCUAUGGUGGCACAGGGCUGGAAUGCCAUCAGAAUGUUCCAGGAAUCAGACAAGUUUUUCACUUCUCUGGGUCUGCUGCCAAUGCCACAAGAGUUCUGGGACAAGUCCAUGCUGGAGAAGCCAUCUGACGGACGGCGGGUGGUGUGUCACGCCUCUGCGUGGGAUUUCUAUAAUCGAAAGGACUUCAGGAUCAAACAGUGUACUGUUGUGACUAUGGAUGACUUGAUCACGGUGCACCAUGAAAUGGGCCACGUCCAGUACUUCCUGCAGUACAAAGACCAGCCCGUGUCCUUCCGUGAUGGAGCCAAUCCUGGCUUCCACGAGGCUAUCGGUGAUGUAUUAGCCUUGUCUGUGUCCACACCCAAACAUCUGCAGAGCAUCGGGCUCCUGGACAAAGUUGAAAGCAACCAUGAGAGUGAUAUCAACUUCCUAAUGAGCAUGGCGCUUGACAAAAUCGCCUUCCUACCAUUUGGCUACCUGAUGGAUCAGUGGAGAUGGAAGGUAUUUGAUGGACGCAUCCCUACAGCGGAAUACAACAAAGAAUGGUGGAACCUCAGAAUGAAGUACCAGGGACUGUGCCCUCCUGUAGCCCGUACUGAGGAUGACUUCGACCCAGGUGCAAAGUUCCACAUCCCUGCUAAUGUGCCCUACGUGAGGUACUUUGUGAGCUUCAUCAUCCAGUUUCAGUUCCACAAGGCUCUGUGUGAUGCUGCCAAGCAUGUUGGGCCUCUACAUACCUGCGAUAUCUACCAAUCUAAAGAGGCUGGGAAGCUUCUGGGUGAUGUGAUGAAGCUGGGCUUCAGUAAGCCCUGGCCCGAGGCCAUGACCAUGAUCACCGGCCAGCCCAAAAUGAGUGCUCAGCCGCUCAUGGAGUAUUUCCAACCUCUUAUUCAGUGGCUGGAGAAAGAGAACGAUAACAACAAAGAUGUUCGUGGGUGGCCAGAGUAUGACUGGAAACCUGUACAACAGGAAACUGUGGUUGAAAUUCCAAAUGAUAAAGUGGACUUCCUGGGUAUGAGUCUGGACAGCUCAGCUGCCAAAGCUGGCCAGUGGGUCCUGUUGGUCCUUGGUAUUGUCUUCUUGGUGGCCACCAUCAUAAUGGUCUUCAAGUACAGGAGGUCAAAAAAGCAUGAAAAAUCCUCAUCCAUGAUGGAGCUGAAGUGAAAGUCUACAGUGAUGGCUACAGUAAGACCUGAUUUACUGUAGAAUAGCAGAGUGCCAACCUCAAUGUGAACAGUGCAUCUGAUAAAAUUCUCUGCUUUUUGGUCUCCUUAUUUAGUCUUAAAUAUUUAUUGUAUACACUUCCGAUUAAUUUUUGCCUAUGCAAAAGAACAAUUUUGUAAUUUAUUUACAAUAUUUGAUGGUUUGGAAGGAAAUGUUUAAAAAAAUGUUUGUAAAGUUAUGACUUUUGAUUACCUUUAUUUGAUUUUGUUUCUUUUUUGUUUGGUGCUCUGUA